AUGAAAGCUUGUGCUGUUUUAACUUUAGUGUCUUUAACUACAAUUAUCAAAGGUGGUGCUACCGCUGGGUUCCUCACCACUAUCGAUAAGUAUCCAUUUGCAACCGCCCUUUUAUGCAGCUUCGGAAGCAGUAACUACAACAAGGCAUGUGGCGGCACCAUUCUAACAAAUUCGGCGAUUUUAUCCGCAGCGUCUUGCUUUCAUAAUGACGAUAAUACGGAACAUCCAGUCACUUGGUGGCGCGCAAGAGUUGGAUCAUCUAACAGCAACUCGGGCGGUACCAUUUAUUUGAUCAGAAGAAUCGAUAGACACCCUGAAUUCAAUCUCAACACGAGGAUUAAUGACAUCGCCGUACUUAGAACUUCGAUUAAUUUAAUCUUGGUACCGGGUCUGGUGGAGACAGCUUACGUUGCUGGUGGUGCUUACCCCCUUACUGAUGGUCAAGCUGUCUGGGGCUUGGGCUGGGGAGAGAGUUCACAAGCGCAAUCAUCUGGACAGCUUCGUGAAAUGCAAGUGUGGAUAGUAGACCAGCAGUUUUGUGCCAACCGGUACAGUGACCUGGGUUUCGCUGUAACAAGCACCAUGCUGUGCACAGGUCCACCAUACGAGGCCAUCAGAGCACAGUGUCAGGGUGACCGUGGUAGUCCCUUAGUGCAUAAUGGAGUGGUGGUGGGCGUGUUCACGAGGAUGGAGGGCUGCGAACUAGGACAUCCUAAUAUUAAUACACGUGUGCCUUCCUACGCUAGGUGGAUUGAGGCAACAGCUGUUUCUAAUUAA